GGGAGAGGAGCGUUUCCUUGACCAGCCCUCACCAUGCAUCCUGGGCACGCAUCACGAGAAAGGGGCACAAACCUUCUGGUCGGUGGUGAGCAACGCCGUACUCUGCUGGAAGUUCUGCCACGUCUUCCACAAACUCCUCCGGGAUGGCCACUCGAAUGUCCUGAAAGACUCCGUGAGAUACAAGAACGAGCUGAGCGACAUGAGCAGGAUGUGGGGCCACCUGAGCGAGGGCUACGGACAGCUCUGCAGCAUCUACCUCAAACUGCUGAGAACUAAGAUGGAGUUUCACACCAAGAAUCCCCGCUUCCCCGGCAAUCUCCAGAUGUCCGACCGGCAGCUUGACGAGGCAGGAGAGAACGACGUCAAUAAUUUUUUCCAGCUGACGGUGGAAAUGUUUGACUACCUGGAGUGUGAGCUGAACCUCUUCCAGACAGUGUUCAGCUCCCUGGACAUGUCACGCUCGGUGUCAGUGACGGCUGCAGGACAGUGCCGCCUGGCCCCGCUCAUCCAGGGGAUCCUGGACUGCAGCCCCCUCUACGACUACACUGUCAAGCUGCUCUUCAAGCUCCACUCCUGUCUGCCGGCGGACACGCUGCAGGGCCACCGGGAUCGCUUCCUAGAGCAGUUCAGAAAGCUGAAGGACCUCUUCUACCGCUCCAGCAACCUCCAGUACUUCAAGCGGCUGAUCCAGAUCCCGCAGCUGCCGGAGAACCCCCCCAAUUUCUUGCGUGCCUCGGCGCUGUCAGAGCACAUCAGCCCCGUGGUGGUGAUCCCCGCCGAGGCGUCCUCACCCGACAGCGAACCCAUCACGGACCUAGUGGAGACGGACACGGCCUCGCAGAGCCUGUUUGACAAUAAGUUUGACGACAUCUUCGGCAGCUCCUUUAGCAGCGACCCCUUCAACUUCAACAGCCAGAACGGGAUGAAGAAGGAUGACAAGGACCGAUUAAUAGAGCAGCUUUACGGGGAGAUUGCAGCCCUGAAGGAGGAGCUGGAGAACUUCAAAGCCGAGAGCGAGUUCCUGCGCGCGGAGCUGGAGGAGCUGAAGAAGCAGCGGGAGGACACCGAGAAGGCACAGAGGAGCCUGACGGAGAUCGAAAGGCGGGCACAGGCCAACGAGCAGCGGUACAGCAAACUGAAGGAGAAGUACAGCGAGCUGGUGCAGAACCACGCUGACCUCCUGCGGAAGGUGGGCUCCCUGAAACCCCCCCCAGCAUUGGCCAGGCAGGCCCAGGGGGACGUGGAGCGGGAGAAGAAGGAGCUGGAGGACUCCUUCCAGCGGGUGAGCGAGCAGGCUCAGAGGAAGUCUCAGGAGCAGGCAGAGGUGCUCACACUGAAGCGGGAGCUGGCAGCCAGCAGGCAGGAGCUGCAGGUCCUCCAGGGCACCCUGGAGUCCAGCACCCAGGUUGCCCUGCUGCAGGGCACCGCGCAGGAGGCAGAGCGGAUGGUGCAGGAUGCCCUCGGUCGCCUGGAGGAUCCAGCUCACAUCGGCUGCACUGGCUCAGCGGAUUGCCUUCUGUCCAGGACGCUGGCAGCCUCCGAGUGCGUGGA